AUGAAGAUCAAGACCAUCUCAAGAUCGUCGGACACUUAUGUGCCCGUUCGAAAUACCCAGGAAAGCUCGCUCCCGCGUAACUUGGAUCCCUCUCUUCAUCCAUUUGAGCGCGCGCGAGAGUACACAAAGGCGUUGACGGCCACCAAACUCGAGCGCAUGUUUGCACAACCAUUCAUAGGACAACUAGGCAACGGACAUCGUGACGGUGUGUAUUCAAUCGCCAAGAACUUCCGCACUGUUAACAGGAUUGCUACUGGUUCCGGAGAUGGCGUCAUCAAAUAUUGGGACUUAACGACAAGGGAUGAACUGUACAGUUUCAAGGCGCACUAUGGUAUGUGUUCUGGGCUAGUUGUCACUCCAACCCACAAGCUUCUAUCUUGUGGCCACGACAAGACAAUCAAAUUGUGGAAAGUGUACGACGAGAAUUUUGAGAAAGAGGAGUACGAAUCUGAGUCCAGUACCCAGGGCCUAGAAAAGACUUUCUUGGGCGAGCAUGCGUUCCAGUCUCUAGACCAUCACUACAAUGACACUUUGUUUGUCACCGGUGGAGCCACUAUCAAUUUGUGGGAUGUGAAUAGAAGUCGCCCAGUGUCCGAUUUGUCCUGGGGAGCAGACAAUAUCACCACGGUCAGAUUCAAUCAGACAGAGACCUCUGUGUUUGCCAGUGCUGGCUCAGACAACUCCUUAAUUCUGUACGAUAUCCGCACAAAUUCGCCUACGCAAAAGAUCAAAACCAGCAUGCGCUCCAACGCGCUCUGUUGGAACCCGAUGCAGGCGUACGUUUUUGCGUCCGCUAGUGAGGACCACAACGCAUACUUAUGGGAUAUGAGAAACAUGUCGCGUUCUAUCAAUGUCUUCAAAGACCAUGUUUCUGCAGUGAUGGACGUGGACUUUUCUCCUACUGGUCAAGAGAUUGUGACAGGAUCCUACGACAAGACGAUCCGAAUUUUUGGGUACCGAAAGGGACACUCGAGAGACAUUUACCACACGAAAAGAAUGCAACAUGUUUUCAUCACUAAAUUCUCGAUGGAUAGCAAGUACAUUUUUUCGGGUUCUGACGAGGGCAAUGUGCGACUUUGGCGUGCCAAGGCGAACGAAAGAGCAGGCCCGAAGUCCACGAGACUCAGAAACAAGCUGGAAUACGACGAAAAGCUGAAGGAGAGAUACGGCAACAUGCCUGAGAUCAGAAGAAUACAGAGACACAGACAUCUCCCAGCAGUGGUCAAGAAAGCAGGAGAGAUCAAGAGAAUAGAGAUCGAGAGUCAGAAGCGCCGCGAGAACAACGAGCGCAGACAUUCCAAGAACAAACAGUACAAGAGCGAAAGAGAAAAGCAUAUUGUUGGUCAGGUGCACAAACAAUAG